AUGCUAGACAAGAUGGCGAGACGUGAUAUGUGUUAUUUCCGUCUCACUUUUGUCUUCGGUUUACAUUACAUUUCACAUCCACUUUUAAACUUUUCUUCAACCUCAUUCAAUACUUCAUCUUUUUUUCAUCCUUCGUCAUCUUUUUCUCCUCCUUCCCCACCUUCUUCUUUCUUCCUUCACCAUUUUCUUCUUCUCAUCCUCCUUUUUCUUCCUCCUCUUCUUCUUCUUCUUCUUCUUCUGCUUCUCAUCCUCCUUUUCUUCCUCCCCUCCUCCUUUUUCUUCCUCUUCUUCUUCUUCUGUUCAUCCUCCUCCUCCCUUUCUUCUUCUCCACCUUCUUUUUCUUCCUCUUCUUCUUUUCCUUUCUUCUUCUUCUUCUUCUUUUUUCUUCUUUUUCUUCUUCUUCUUCUUUUCAUCCUCCUCUUUCUCCUCUUUUUCUACUUCUCCUCCUCCUUUUCUUCCUCCUCCUCCUCCUCCUCCUCAUCCUCUUCUUCUUCUUCUUCUUUUCAUCCUCCUCCUCCUUCUUCUGUACAUCCUCCUCCUCCCUUUCUUCUCCUGCUUCUCCUUUUUCUUCCCCUUCUUCUUCUUCUGUUCAUCCUCUUCCUCCUUUUCUUCCCCUUCUUCUUCUUCUUCUGUUCAUCCUCUUCAUCCUUUUCUCCUCCUCCUCCUUUUCUUCUCCUCCUCCUUUUCUUCCCCUUCUUCUUCUUCUUCUUUAUAAUUGGUCAGAGGAUUGAAAUAAAAUCAUUCUCUUUCUUUUUUUUUUUUUUCGUUUUCUUUCUUCUUUCAAUCGUCUUUUUUCUUUGUCAAUUUUCUACUUUUAUUUCUCUUUCUUUUUUUUCUUUUUACCGCUUUUUCUUUUCAUUUUGUUUUUUUUUUUUUUUUUUUUUAACUUCCUGUUUCUUCUCCAUUCAGUUUUUUUCUGUCUUUUUCUUUCAAUCAUUUUCUUUGAAUUCUCUUUUUUCGACAUUUGCUUCUUUUUCCUCUUCAUUUUGUUUCUUCCUCUUUUUUUUUAAUUCUCUUUCUUCUUCGACGAUCACUUCAUUCAGUCCACUUUUUUUUCAAUUCAGUAUAUUUCUUCCUCUUUUCUCCUCAUUCUUUUUCACUUUUCUUUCUUCUUCUAAUUCUCUUUGUUCUUUUUCCUUCAAUUUUCUUUCUACUUUCGAUUCUCUUUCUUCUUCGACGAUCACUUCAUUCAAUCCUCUUUUUUUUUUAAAUUGUUUGUUUUUUCCUCUUUUCUCUUCAUUCGUUUUCACCUUUUCUUUCUUCUUUUAA